CGAUGAGAAACGGAAUUAAGUAGUAAAGACCACACGACAUCAUUUAGUUAACGGACAACAUGGAUGCAUUAAAUGUGGAAAAAGUACGGCUACCCUCAAAUUUGUUUUAAAAUAAAACUCUAAAUCAGUUAAUUGGGGGUUAGCAUGUUUGAAAAGUCUAUUUUUCAUAAGCGAGUAUAAACAGAACGUGGAGACACUUUGUGGCAGUUUAUCAUGGCAUUGUCAGAAAGUGGGGUUUUGCGUGGUGAUAUUAACUGUACACAUCCUGGAAAAGAAGAGUCGAAAGACCAAGCGAACACCCCCACUGCCAGGGUUUUAACUCUGGGGGAGCAGGAAAGACUGAACGGUGAGCGGGCUCUGGUGUCUGACUUCAAACAGAUGAAGCUGGAGAAAGAAGCGCAGAAAAACUGGGACUUGUUUUACAAAAGAAACACAACAAAUUUCUUCAAGGAUAGACACUGGACCACCAGGGAAUUUGAAGAGCUCAAGGCAUGCCGAGAGUUUGAGUCCCAGAAGUUGGUGCUGCUGGAGGCAGGCUGUGGUGUUGGAAACUGCAUCUUCCCUCUGCUCGAGGAUGACCUCAACAUCUUUGUUUAUGCCUGUGACUUCUCACCACGAGCUGUUGAAUUUGUCAGACAAAACCCUCUGUACUGCCCCGACCGCUGUUGUGCCUUCCAGUGUGAUUUAACUAAAGAUGACCUGAUGGAAAAUGUGCCAGAAAGCAGUGUGGAUGUCAUCACACUCAUCUUCGUCCUGUCAGCUGUCCAUCCUGACAAAAUGAAGCUGGUUUUGGAGAACAUUAGCAGGGUUUUGAAGCCUGGGGGAUUUAUCCUCUUCAGGGACUACGGACUUUAUGACCAUGCCAUGCUCCGAUUUAAACCCGGAAAUAAGCUGGGAGAGAAUUUCUAUGUACGGCAAGAUGGAACUAGGUCCUACUUUUUCUCUAAAGAGUUCCUGGCUGAGCUGUUUGAGAAGACGGGCUUCAAGUGCGUUUCUAAUGACUAUGUUCUUAGAGAGACUGUCAACAAGAAGGAGGGACUUUGUGUACCCAGAGUGUUCCUGCAGAGCAAAUUUAUGAAACCAGAGAGCUGAACUUUGCGUUUGUCGUCUCACAGAUCUACAGAGGUUUGGCAAAACAUAGCACUGAAAUGUCAGAUGAAAACUGGACAGUAA